GACUUUUCGGCCUGCUCUGCCCUGCACCGCCGGCCUGUGUCCCACGACGUCAAAACCACCCUGCUCGCCCUCUUGUUUUUCCCUAGAGCCCAUUGUCCAACCAUUUCCACAGGCACACUUCCACACAACGCAGCAAGACUUGCAGGGUCACCAACAAAUAAAUCAACUUACCCCGUCAUCGUCCAUCUAUCCACGCUCUCGCCUGCAACGCUCCCACCUCACCCACGUCGUCUUGCCCUCGGGCAGCACCACCACCACCCACCAUGCCGUCUCAGAUCUCACAGCUGCUGGCCGAGUCCGUGGCCGACUGCGUGCCCGAAGAGCCCACCAACUCCUCUGUCGCCCCUUCCCUCACCUACUCGGAAGACUCAGAGGAUCAGGACGAGCUCGCACACCCCAUUCCCCUCCCCAAGAGGCGGAGGGCCUCGACGCGCCUCAUUGCCCAGAGCGUUGCCGACAUCCAGCGCAUCACUGGCGAGUCUACACAGCAGAUUGUCAACCGCUGCUGCGGCGGCGGCUGCUGCUUCAAGCUCGGCAAGCGCACCGAGGGCCUCGAGUACGAGGAGGUGCCCCAGCCUGACAACGACGCCUUCCGCUCCCUCGGUCUCAAGUUCUUCGAGAUCCCCACCACCCUCACCGGCAUCCCCGACAUGCCCGAACAGACUGCCUUUUUCCAGCCCGUCAAGAGCUCCGCCAAGAACAUCACUAGCCCCCCGUCCCCGACCGACUCCGGAGUCGAGAUCGACGCCGACACGAGCCUCGAGCAACAGGCCAAGAAGCUGCAGCUCGAAGACCUCGACACCACGAUACAGCCUCCGUCAUUCGUCCAGCCCCACCCGCCCUACAAUGUCUUCCCUGCAAAGCUGCACAACACGCGCGAGCUGACCAGGGACGGCGCCGAGAAGCGGACCUUCCACUUUGAUCUUGAUGUCACAGACUACCCCGAGGAGAGUGGCAUGGACUUCAAGGUGGGCGGUGCCAUUGGCGUCUCCGCGCCCAACGAUGCCGAGGCCGUCGAGGAGAUCCUUGACCUGCUCAUGGUGCCCCGCUUCCUCCGCGACAAGCCGGUCCUUCUGCGGACGACCAAGGGUCGUUGGCCCACGGUCUGGGGCGACGACCAGGCCAGAGAGCUUGUGACCACACGGAGGGAUCUCCUGACGUGGUGCUGCGACAUCCAGUCGUACCCUCCGACCAAGCCUCUCCUGCGCAUCCUUGCCGAGUAUGCCCAGGAUGAGAACGAACGCAAGCUGCUCAUGUUCCUGUGUGCUGCGGAGGGCCAGGGUGUCUUCUGCGACUUCCGCACAGGCCCUCACAUCUCGCUCUCCCAGAUCCUGAAUGCCUUCCCCUCCGCCAAGCCGCCCAUGGACGUGCUGCUCUCGAGCCUGCAGCAGCUGAUGCCCCGAUUCUACUCGCUGUCCAACGACCCCCACGAGUCGUACGAGAUGCGCGACGGCAAGCAGCACCGCCUCAUCGAGAUCGCCGUCACCGUCCACGAGACGUCAGACUGGAAGACGGGCACCCGUAAAGGCGUUGGCUCUGGCUUCUUCCAGCGCCAGUCGCUCAAGUUCCUCGACCAGGUGGCUGCCGGCAAGACGCCGCAGCUCUACAUCCCCAUGUUCAAGGGCCUCAUGGCCAACCCGCUCGCCAAGCAGUUCGUUUCCGACGGCCCCAUGCUGCUGAUUGGCGCUGGCGUGGGCAUCGCGCCCUUCCGCGGCUUCGUGCAGCGCCGCCUCAAGAACGCCAACUGCGCCAACAAGGUCUGGGUGCUGCAGGGCAUCCGCGACUCGCUCGUCGACGAGCUGUACAGCGGCGAGUGGGGUGUCCACGAGGAUGAGGUGAAGCGCGUCAUCCAGAGUCGCAAGGGCGAGAGCAGAUAUGUGCAGGACGAGGUCGUACACCAGGCUGACCUCGUCUGGUACAUCAUCAACUCUGUCGACGGCCGCGUGUUUGUCUGCGGCAGCAGCAAAGGAAUGGGCGAGGGCGUCGAGGAGGCCCUGAUCAAGGUCGCCAUGGACAAGGGCAACCUCGAGCACGACGAGGCCCGGCGGUACUGGGACCUCAAGAAGGACGCAGGGCAGUACAUUGCCGAGACGUGGUAGUAGUCGACCACACCUGCUUUCCUGGGGCGAAAAAGAAAACCGACACUUACAUUGUACAUAUUGAGUUUCUCCCGACUUUUUCUUCCUUUCUGUCAGUCAUCUGGAUGGACAUGAGAAGAGAAAAGCAAAAGGGGAAACUGGGACACACCCUCCAAAAGGCGUUUUUAGACGAGGGAGUUUCAGGACAGGCGGGGUUUUGUUUUUACUGAUCAUGGCUUGGGGCGUUUUUUGUUUUUGCAUUUCCUGGGAUUUUCUUUUCUAGAAGAGGCCGCAAACCAUUGGGUUUUGGGGCUUUGUGUCGGAUGUGGUAUGAACUGGGGGGGGGGGGGUUUAGCUGCAAAACGACAGCAGUGGAAGCCAUCAAUCUUUGGUGAUAUGGGAGAUAGGGCAAGAAAAUGCAGACGAUGAAGAUACACACAUGUCUGCUCCGCUCCUUGUGCCUCGAGUGUCCAUGAUUGCGACAAGGGAGUGACCAUGAAUUUAU